GCGACAACUAACGCCAACAGCAGCCUGCGACCCAUCCCAAUCGAUUUAUCUGCUUGCGCGAACCCAUCGUCAAAGCAGAUUCAGAUCGAUUUAUCGGCACACCCGCAACCAUGGCUGACGCUCCUGUUACCCUGCGGACACGCAAGUUCCUCCGCAAUGCGCUCCUGAGCCGCAAGCAGAUGGUCGUUGAUAUCCUCCAUCCCAACCGCGCCAACAUCUCCAAGGACGAACUCCGCGGAAAGCUCGCCGAGCUCUACAAGUCCAACAAGGACCAAGUCUCUGUUUUCGGUCUUCGCACACAAUAUGGUGGCGGAAAGACUACCGGUUUCGCCCUCAUCUACGACUCCAGUGAAGCCUUGAAGAAAUUUGAACCCCGCUACCGUCUCGUCCGUAUUGGUGCUGCUGAUAAGGUUGAAAAGGCCUCCAGACAACAACGCAAGCAACGAAAGAACAGAUCGAAGAAAUUCAGAGGCACAGCAAAGACCAAGGGCCCCAAGAAAGACAAGAAGAACAAAUAGACGACAUGAACUUCGGUGUUAUAGGGUUGGCAAUGGUGCUUGGUUCCUGCUUCGAUGGAUUGUUCAGCACCCUGAGUGAUGCACCUCAGGGAUACCGAUGCUGUACUGUAGCUACGAAUCAAGCCUUGUGGUAAACAUGUUUCUGGCUUUGUUUUAUUCUACGAAGCAAAAUAAGUCUUUUUGAACUACGAAAUUGCAUUUGCUCUGUUCGCGAAUUCGAUCCUCAUCCUUUGCUGAACCAGGUGGCAAACUUCAAAAUGAGACUUGAGAGAUUACCUUCC